CAAAAACCUCUGUCUCAUGUGUAAGCUGAGACGCUGCAAUAAUCUAAAACCCUAGAUAUCGAAGUUCCCCAAGAGAAAGUAGGGAAAUCAGAAUCAAAAUCAAAUGUCGGAGAGGGAGGAUUCUGAUUCGGACGUGCCGGAGGAGUUUACCUCGGAGCAGGGAAUACAGCAAGACGAAGAGAUAAGAAAAGUUCAAAAAGAAAAUAAAACAAGAAUUGUUCGUGAGGGUAAAGAACGUCGCAGAUUAUGGGCACAAAGGAAAACACCACGACCUUCUAAAGGAGAUGAAAGUGUACAGGAUGUAACGGAAACUGAAACAGAAAAGGAGCCUUUGGGUACUGGGGGGAUGCUUCCAAAUGAGAUUGUUCAACUGCUUGCAGCUCGUGAGAAGAAAGUUUUCUUAUCAGACUCAGAGGAUGAGAAGGUUGAGGCAAAGCUUCCUCCUAGAAAGAAAAAGCCUAAAAGCUCGGGGAUAGAGACUGUUAUUUUGAAAGAGAUGCCACCUCCUCAAUGCUUACAGAACUCCUUGGAGUUCCUGAGGAAAAAGAAAAUGCAGGUUUCAAGAUCAUCUUCAGUUUUGAACAACUCCAACCAAGCACUUCGCCUCAUUUCUACUUCUGGUUUGUUAAGUAAGAAAUGACAAUUUGUGUGUUCUUGUUAACGUGUCUGUCCUUUGGUAGACUGGGCACCACAAAGCCUUUGUAAGACAUAAGCCAAUUUGCCUAGAAAAGGCGAGAAUUAUUCCUCUGAUUUAUAGCCAUUUGCAGUGCAGGCCUCUAUACGGUUAAUGCCAUAUUGAAGCAUUAUUUGGUCAUCCUUAGGCCUUAGCUUUAGUAGAGCACAUAUUUGUAAUCCUUAGGCCUUAGCUUUAUUAAAGCGCAUAUUUUUAAUGGAUGAACUUUUUAUGGCCUUA